GUUGCCCACGUCUGCUCGACGCCACCACCAACAAUCACCCGCAAAUAGCGAACACAUCGAAUUCUUCCUACAAGAAUUACUACUGCAACACCGACGGAACAAUCUCUGUACAACCGCAAUCAUGGCUGAUACUGCUGAGGUUCCCGAACGCAAGACCCGUAAGUCUGUUCAAUUUUCUGAAGGCACCACGAUCGUCGACAGCAACGGCGAAGUCACCGAGUCUCUGGAGGUGAACGGCGGCAAGGAAUCUGCCGAGGGUCACUCCUCUGGUGGCGCGGGCGAUGACAAGGAGGUCGAAGAGGUCACCGACAUGUUCGCUGACCUCGCCAAGAAGAAGAAGAAGAAGUCAACCAAGAAGAAGGAGGGCGAGGAGGAUGACGGUGCAGAGGGUGAUUUCGCUGCGCUGAAGAAAAAGAAGAAGUCCAGCAAGAAGAAGGUCGAGGAUGAUUUCGAGGCUAAGCUCGCCGCUGCUGGUGGCGAGAAGGCCGAGGGCGAAGAGGAGGCUGCCGCUGCUGAACCAGAAGUGCAAGAAGGUGACAUGAUGAAGGGCACUGGCAUUUGGCAACACGACCAGACGACUCCUAUCAGCUACAACCUCCUCCUCAACCGCUUCUUCACACUCCUUCACGCUCAACACCCCGAUCUCGCCAGCUCAGGCACAAAGAGCUAUAAGAUCCCGCCCCCACAGUGCAUGCGUGAAGGAAACAAGAAGACUGUUUUCGCCAACCUUGCCGAGAUUUGCAAGCGUAUGAAGCGUUCAGACGAGCACGUUGCGCAGUUCCUGUUUGCCGAAUUGGGUACGAGCGGUUCAUUUGCCGAUCAGAAGCGUCUGGUCAUCAAGGGCCGUUUCCAGCAAAAGCAGCUCGAGAACGUGCUCAGGCGGUACAUUGUCGAAUACGUUACCUGCAAGACUUGCCGCUCGCCCGAUACGGACCUGUCCAAGGGUGAGAACCGUCUCAACUUCGUCACUUGCAACAGCUGCGGAUCAAGGCGUUCGGUCCAAGCCAUCAAGACUGGUUUCUCUGCACAGAUUGGAAAGAGGCGGAGAAUGGUGGCCUAGAUUGUUCAUUCUUAUUGUGCGGGGUUUACAAUGUUCAAUGUUAUUGCAUGGCUCGGCUGGCUGGGCUUUUCGGUAAGCGGGCGCGCUUUGGACGGCUGCUUUAAUGAGGGUCUCUCAGCGACAUGAGGAUGCUGGUGUAACAUUUAUUCCAUGGGUAGUUUUGCGUACGUGUGGAAUCAAAAUGGAUUCGGAAUGAUGAAUAAUGAGUGCAAGGAUAUCCAGUG